CAGGAACUAUCCAUUUGGUAGACUUAGAGGGUACCUUAAAUGUCAAAAAGGGGGAGGAUGGAGAAAUUAUUCUUUUACCUCAACCUUCAUCUAACCCUAAUGAUCCUUUGAGAUGGUCCCAUUCUAAGAAAUUAUUGCAAUUUACUCUACUUUGGAUAUGGUCCUUCCUUUUAGCUCUUGCUGUUAAUUUUGCUGGUCCCUUAUGGGAAAUAUGGAGUGAAUCCUUUCAUACUACCUUUUUCCAAUUAAAUGUUUCAAAAGCAAUGUGCUUUCUUGGACUUGCUGUAGGAAUCCCGAUUUUGCAACCAACUGCUUUGAAAUUUGGUAAAAGAUUUGUAUAUUUAAUUGGUACAGUUAUUGUCUUGGCAGCAAGUAUUAUUGGAAGUCAAGCAAAGACAGUUGGAUCCAUAGAUGUUUAUAUGCUUCUAGGAGGAAUUGCUGCUGCACCUGUUGACACUUUAGUUGAAAUUUCUUCUACAGAUAUUUUCUUUCAACAUGAAAGAGCUUCGGCUAUUUCAUGGUUGAUUUUUGCUUUAUAUAGUGGAAGUUUCCUUGGACCAGUUGCUGCAGGAUAUAUUACUACUUCUAUGGGCUGGAAAUGGUGCUUCUAUUUUGAAAUUAUUAUUUUUGCUGUCCUUUUGAUUAUUCAGCUCUUCUAUAUGGAAGAUACUACUUUCCGUAGAGAUUUUAACGAAGAAGAACUUGAAGAAAAUAUUCUUAAACAGAUUCAUUUGAGAGACAAGACUCCUAUUGAUACAAAAAGUAAAGAUGGAGCCGCUGAUGAAGUUAAGGAAGUAAAUAGUACUUCCAUUGCUGAAGAAGAUAUUGCUUCAAUUGAUGAAUCAAUUCCAAAGAGAGGAUAUUGGCUGAGAAUGAGAUUAAUGGAAUUUGAAUACGGAGAUUUAAGAUCAUGGUUAACUAUAUUUAUUAGACCCGUAUAUUUAAUUACAUUUCCUGCUGUAAUUUGGGGAGGGAUUAUAUAUGGUGCCCAAAUGAUGUAUUUAUCUGUCAUUGGUACUUCUCAAGCUCAGAUCUUCUCUGCAGCUCCAUAUCAUUUUCAGGCAAAUACAAUUGGUUUAACCAAUAUAUCUGUGUGUGUUGGAAAUGUAAUUGGGAUGUACUAUGGUGGAUCAUUUGUUGAUUGGUCAACAGUAUGGUUGGCUAAAAGAAAUGAUGGAGUCUUAGAACCAGAAUUUAGAUUAUAUUCUAUGUUAAUUCCAACUGUAGUCAAUGCAGCUGGUUUGCUUGCUUAUGGUCUAGGUGCACAUUAUGGUGCACAUUGGGCUGUCCCUGUAAUUAUUGGUCAAGGAUUGUUAGGUGUUGCAAUGACAUCAUCCGGUGCAAUUUGUAUUGCUUAUGCUAUUGAUUCUUAUCAGAUGCUUGCUUCUGAAGCUCUCGUGGUUAUGCUUGUACUUAGAAACUGUAUCGGGAUGUCUUUCACGUUUGGAUUUCAGCCAUGGUUAGAAGCUAGUGGUUUGAAAUUACUUACCUGGCUUGUAUUCAUGUUAUCGAUAUUUAUCAACGGUAGUUAUAUUCUUAUGAUCAAGUAUGGAAAGAAGUUAAGAAAAUGGACUCAGAAAAGAUAUGAGAAAUAUUCUGAUCCAAAUUUCGGAGAAUCAUUUUUAAAGAAAAACGUUAAAGAAAGUACACCCUAAUCACUCUUAUAUCCGUUAUAAUGUCUUUAAUAUUUCUCUAUGUCUUUGUUUUAUUUUUGCUUUUCAGGUGGAUACAAUCGAUAUAAAUAAAAAUAUAUAUUCUAAAUGUUCUCGG